AUGGCUUCUUCCACGUCUUGUCUUGUCCUACUCUUGUGCCUCGCCAGCCUCCUGCAGGCAUCGCUGAUAGCGGCAAACAUGCCGCACCACCAUUCGGAUUCCGAGGCGAGGGCUAAGUUUUCCAAGUGGAUGAUCAAGUACUCCAAGACCUACCCGAGCCACAAGGAGGAGGAGAAGCGGUUCCAAAUCUUCAACCAGAACACCAACUCCAUCGGCGCUUUCGCCAGCCAGACCAGCACCAGCGUCGUCGUUGGCGGGUUCGGGCCGCAGACAAGAACGACUGUCAGGGUCGGCAUGAACAGGUUCGGCGACCUCACCCCUGCCGAGGUCGUGGAGCAGUUCACCGGGUUCAACAACACCGGCUUCCAUGCCGCGUCGCCCACCCCUCUCCCCUACCACUCCUGGAAGCCGUGCUGUGUGGACUGGCGCUCCAGCGGCGCUGUCACCGGCGUCAAGUUUCAAGGCACUUGCGCCUCCUGCUGGGCGUUCGCUGCUGUGGCGGCGAUCGAAGGCAUGAACAAGAUCAGGACUGGGGAGCUGGUGUCUUUGUCGGAGCAGGAACUCGUGGACUGUGACACCGGGAGCAGUGGCUGCGGCGGCGGCCGCGUUGACACGGCCCUAGCUCUCGUGGCCGCCCGCGGAGGCAUCACGUCGGAGGCGAAGUACCCAUACAGUGGAUUCAAUGGAAAGUGCGACGUGGACAAGCUAUUGUUCGACCACCAGGCGUCUGUCAAGGGAUUCAAGGCCGUGCCGAUCAACAAUGAGCGGCAGCUGGCGCUGGCCGUCGCACGGCAGCCCGUGACGGUGUACAUUGACGCCAGCGGGUUUGAGUUCCAGUUCUACUCCGGCGGUAUCUACCGCGGCCCCUGCUCCGCCGAUGCAUCGAGGGUGAACCACGCCGUCACCAUCGUCGGCUACUGCGAGGGGCCCGGCAAGGGAAACAAGUACUGGAUUGCCAAGAACUCGUGGAGCAACGACUGGGGUGACCAGGGAUACAUCUAUCUCGCCAAGGACGUGCCUUGGUCGACGGGCACUUGUGGCCUCGCCACCUCGCCAUUCUACCCAACUGCUUGA